AUGAAGAGCUCCUGGACGCUCCUCUUGGUCUGCUGGAGUCUGCGACUGGGGAACCUCGCACUCGCCUCGGGUGCCUCGACGCAUGUUGUUAUCGAUGAUGAGGAUUCAUAUGUACCCAUCACGCGAACAUCAAAAUCGGACGAGUAUGACUACAACAAGAACAACUCUCCGCAUCCGACUUCGCUUGCCAUAGAACUCCUAUAUCCAUACUUUGCCGAUACAAAUGGUGCUAAACCACUCGGACUUCCAAACCUGAAUCCAGGUGUCGAAGCGGACGACAUACGCCAACUCCCUCGUGGAAAGCUCCUCGAUACACGCCAGUCCGGCCAUGUUGUCCCGUGGGGUAUACCGUCUCCUCUACCGGCUGCUGCAGGAAUGGAGAAGUUAGCUGUAGUACUGGGUGUUGUGAUGCAGGGGAGACGUGCUGUGGCGUGGGCUGUUGCGACGCCGGAACGACAUGCUGUGGAGGCUCUUUCCACUGCCUCGGUCCUCUCGCGCCAAUCGGUCGCUUCUGUAUCGAGUCUCUCUGCUGAUGCUUCCUCGUACUCGUCGAGUCUAUCGCGUGAUUUGGCAUCUCAAACACGUCCACCGGGAGCAGAUACAACGACCGUUGCUACUGUCAUCGUCAAGCCAAACGAUAGUCGUAUCAAAUACCAGCCUUCAACAGCGUGGAUAGGCACUUCCAGCUCUUCUCCGACUGGUUCUACAGGUCAAUCGCCCAUCGGCACUUGUACAAAUGGCACAAAGGCGACUCGCGAGGUCGGUGCCAAGAUGUCGUUUGUCUUUGAAGGUGCAAAGUUUCCAAGAGCCAUUGCUAGCACGUCAAUUGCACUGCUUAUCAUCCCGUCAUCGAGAGGAGGUGCAUUUUCGGUGCAAAUCGACAACGAGCAGCCAGUUACCAUCUCUUCGUCGACAAGCGGUGCUGGUUCUGGAGGUGGAGAUGGUGCAGUGACAAUCACCAACAGUAACGGCGGUGUGAUCGUGGGUGGUGGUAUCGCGAGUAUCCUCGGGCUCACGAGCUCGACUACUGCUGCUGCGGCCACCAGUUCCGGCUCAUCCUCAAACGACCAAUGUAUCGAGUCCCAGGUGUAUGCGCGUGACAACCUCUCAGAGGCACCACAUCAAAUCGUUGUAGUCAAUGGCGUUGGAGGAGUCGGAACCGUUGCAGGUGUAUUAGAAUUAUCUGGGAUCAAGUAUACCGGCAAAGGGGCCUUUGGAACCGAUCAGCCUGGGCAAGGCGAAAGUGGAGGAGGUGGAGGGAGCAACAAUGCGGCAGUCAUUGGUGGCUCAAUUGGUGGGGUCUUGGGUGCUAUCGCUCUCGUCGCCAUUGGCGCGGUGGUCAUGUACCGACGCAAGAGACGGAACUCGCAGCCUACCACACCCGCCACUAUGACAACCGGAGUACUUGGUACACCAGGUAGAAUCCAUGGGGGUGGUGCACUGGGACUCGUAGGUUCGCCCUCGAUGCAACAACACCAGCCUCUCCCAUCUGGUCCAACGACCCCAUAUACCAUCCCCUGGCGUGGAGGCGGAGGAGUUGCUACCACGGCGGCAGGGUAUUAUGGUCACGGGCGGACGAUGAGUAACACGAGCGGCAACAAUGCCAGCACGAGUCCACCAUCGAAUGUUGCACCACUGCCUAUGUGGGUCGAAAGGGCGGUUCGUCCAAACACCGACGCGACAUCGAGCAGUGGCGAGGCUUCUCCUCCACCAGCCCCUACGACGGCGAGGAGUACUCCUGGAAUUGCUGGUGUCGGUGCAGGACAUCCGCAGAAUACAGCGAAUCCGUUCUAUGGCUCGCAUUAUCCCGCCAAUGCCUCGGGAGCGAAUACCGGGUACAUGUAG